ACUGAGUUUGGUAUUCUUGCUGAACUACGUUAAAAUAGUGUUCAUUUCUAGUAUAGCUCGUCCUUUGAACAAUGCGCAUGCUUGCUUUUCAUUUUGCAGGGAAAGUGAUAAAAUUUACUGAAGCGAUGGGAAAGAGUUGUCGCUUGCCUCGUACUCAGCUUUAGAAGGCUUCAGACACUAGAAAAUUUUCAAUCCAUACAUUAUGGGUUCUUUCAAAUCCCAAAACUUGUGAGAAGUGAAACGCGAUUCAGUGGAGGUAUUCUCGGCAAAACUUACAGCAGCUUAAGUGGGAACCAGCUGGUAUUAUCCGGUAAUUACGGAAAUGGAAGGUAUGGGUUUCCGCGAUUUCGGUGCAGAGGAAAUUGGCAGCAGUAUACAAUACCGCUACAAUAGCACGGACUUUAUUGCGAGGGGAACGUUUGGAGUAGUUUACAAAGCCAACAUCUCGAAAGCUGGCACUUACUCGAAGUCAGAUUUCGUAGCCGUCAAAGUGAUACACGUCGCAAUUAAUUCCGAAAGUGAUGCCGACCAGGAGAACUGGAUGACAGCUGUGAAGAGAUUAAGACGGCUUACUGAACUGAAGCACAAACAUCUCGUUGUCUAUCACAAAGUCUCCAUCACCAAAUCUUCCGGUGGAGUGACAGUGGAGCUGGCAAUGGAUUAUCAUAAAGGUGACCUUGCUUUGUUUUUGAGACAAGCUAAGAAAAACGGGACGCUUUCGAAUAAAUGGGAAAAAGUGUUCCAGUUUGCAAAGGACAUGGCGCAGGGAGUUCAGUUCCUCCAUCAGAAAGGCAUCAUUCACGGCGAUUUGAAGCCUGAAAAUAUACUUGUGAGCUUUAUAUCAAGUGGCAGCGCGAAAUUGGUGAUUGGCGAUUUAGAUGAUUUAGUGCAAAUGAAAGAGAGUGCCACUUGCUCGGCAGAUUUAUCACAUUUGCGUGGUACAACCCGUUAUAUGUCACCGGAAAUGUUGAAAAAAUUUUCCCUAAAACAAGCAGAGCGACCAGGACGAAAAACGGAUGUGUGGAGUCUGGGAUGCAUCAUUUUGGAGAUGGCCGAAAGCUGUGCAAGUGUUCCCAAGAAGCGACUCAUAAAGGAUCGGAAUAUUAUCGAUGCUGGAAACGCUCUUGAAAAUUACCAGUAUGCAAGCUUAAUUAUCGACGGUUAUGUUCCAUUUGUUAGCGACGAUAUUGAAGACAAUUUAGCAUGCAUUGCUCGGCAGUGUUUGGAUACAACAAGCGCAAAUCGAUUAUCGGCCAGGGAAUUACUGCAGAAGCUACAGAAAAAGGACAUCAUCGUAUUUUUAGGGUUCAAGGAUUCUAAAUACCUCUGCGUCAUGAUAUUCGAUCCGUUAACUAACUCUGUCAGUGUCCAAAAGGUGCAUGGUGCACCAGAACUGGAUUUGGCAACAAAGUGGCAGUUGGCGGUAACAAGCAACAAAAUUAUAUUCAGAGAACGGAUACGUGAUAGUGGCGUCCAAAAGCUGAAAGUACAUUGCUGGACUGUCGACGAAGGAAUAUGGAUUCAACAGGAGUUUACUUCCCCUUAUUAUGUGCAUCCGGGUGCAACGAUGAUCGCGGUAGAAGACACGCUUUAUUUAUGGGGACUAGACGAUAUGCUAUUGGAAACAAACAUCUUCACUGGCAACAUCACAGCCAAUAAAAGCCCUUACCUCGAUGGAGAUGCCGUGACUAAAUUCCGUGAGCAAAUAUUUUACGCUACUGAAGACAGACUGUUCCAGUAUAAUACGUUGAUCAAGGAGUGGAAAUAUUUAAAACGCCGGCUACAAGAGCGCUUCGAUUUUGCAAUGACUGUGGUCAGCGGACACGUAUACAUUAUGGGUGGAAAGUUUUGGAACGACGCUGCGCUGAACUAUACUGCAACAGCUGACUGUAUUCGUUUGAAACUGGGUAGCACAACGUGGGAAAAGAUUAAACCGCUUCAUCAGCCCAGAUUUCGUCAUACUGCUUGUAUUGUCAAGGAUCGAUUAUAUAUCUGCGGCGGUAGUUAUUCUAACGAUGAAAACGCCGCUACGAUAGAGUUUUACGAUACGAAAAGCGGUGCAGGAUGGUCUUCUGUCAGUUUGUCACCAAAAGAUAGCGGACAGUUUGCCGCCUGGAUGGCGGCAUACCAAAAUUCGUGGUAUGCAGUAACGACGGUUUCCGUCAAUCCGGAUACUGCUAUCUUUCCAGAUAUAAGUGGUUGAACGGCGUUCAUAAUCAUGCGUCGUUGUGCAUCAACUUGUACAAUUAAAG